AUGGACGCGCAGGAAGUGAUGGAGAACUCGGUGAGCUCCUUCGUCAGAAAUGGGACCGGCGAGUACGUCAACUACACCGAUCUGGUUAUUGUAGCCAUCGUGGCGUCGUCAUCGGGAGAGGAGCUCGACGCGGCGUAUGUCAUGGAAGACGUCGACCCCGGGCAAAUAUGGGAACUCUACGGGUUACCGCAUUCUAACUAUUACAGCAUCUUCAACUCGGGCAUCGAUUUGAACCGGAAUUGCAACCGGAUGCCCGAUGAUGUCUACAAUUGCACCAAGAAUGAUGAGGUGUACUACGUCAAAAAUGUGUACCCGCCCGUGCAGGACCUGCAGCCGCGCGUGGUGAUGGUGAUCAUCGUGUUUAUGAUCUGUUUUGUCAGCGGAAUCUGCGGGAACACUUCAGUCCUCACCCUCCUCAAGGGCAUCUUCUUCGACCGGAAGUCACGGCAUGCCCGGCAGGGCGACAACGCGAUGAUCUACAUCGGGGCGCUGGCCAUCUGCGACUUCACCAUGUCCCUCUCCCUACCCCCUGCUAUUAUGGACAGCGUGAUCGGUUUCUGGAUGUUCGACACGACCACCUGCAAGCUGCACCACAUCUUCGGCUCGGUCGGCCGCAUCAUGUCCACAUUUCUCAUCACGGCCAUGUCGUUCGAUCGAUUCGUCGCCGUCUGCUACCCACAUCGGACGACACUGCGAUCCAGACGAUUUGUGCUCUGCAUGAUUGCGCUGCUGAUGUGGAUCGCCUUCUUGCUCCUUUUCCCCAUGCUCGUCUACUCCUCGGCACACGAAAUUGUACUCCACGAGUUGAAGACGAUGGAUUCAAACAACAUCACCCGGUUCCGCGUCUACAAAUGCUCGGAUCAGAUGCCGUUGAGCAUCUUCUACUACUUUACCACCUCCAUCUUCUUCAUGGGUUUCCUCACCCCCCUUGUCCUGAUCAUCUUCUUCAACGUGAAGCUGAUCGAGCGACUGUACGUCCACACAAGGGUUCUGCCCAAAUCGACGAUUCCACUUCGGCGGAUUGUUUGGUACACCAUCGCCAUCGCGGCCAUCUACUUUUUGUGCUGGACGCCAUAUUGGUGCACCGUCAUCUACGCCAUGCUCCUCAGCCUGAUCGAGGGCCAAUCGGCGCAGACCGGCGACUUCAUGGUGUUCUUCGUCUUCUGCGUACAUCUACUGCCCUACGUCGGCUCGUCUUCCAACUGGAUCAUCUACGGCAUGCUGAACACGCAGCUGCAGAACGACUGCUCCUCCGAUGACCACAUGAGCGUCAUCACCAUGGUCAACAACAAUACCCAGAAUUUGACGACGCUAGAUUCGACGAAAAAUAAUAGAAUCAGCAGAACAUCCACCGCCGAAAAUGGGGUCGUCAACCGGUCGGUGAGCACGGAAUGGAUCCUUGGAAAAGUGACAAACGGCACUCAAAAUGGCUCGAAUUCAAUGCACGGACUCUCAUCGCGCAGUUGUGACGCGGAGACGACGAUGAGACUGAUCGCUGAGACGGACCAGACACUUCUU